AGUAAAAAUUCUAAGUGAUAGUUUAUUGUGAUCAAUUUAAUAGUGUGUUUGUUUUCACGUAAUGAUGUUUUGCUUUAAGUAGACUACUCCCAUCGUUUCAUAUAGGUCGUGCUAACUUUCACUCUACAUAUAGAUAUAUAUACACUGUGGAUGUUAUAAUAGAUACGUAGAUACAGUACAGGUAUAACAUCGAGUCGCAGUCUCAAGGCCGAAAUACACAAAUAUCUAUGAUAUACAUUGGAAAAGAACAUAAUAGUGUUGUAGAGGUUCUUACGAACAUAAAAUUCUGAUAAGUUUUUUUAUCUGAUAAUCUGAACGUCGAGCUGACUGCGAAGCUGCUUUAAAGGAUCUGCCGAGCCCGCAUUAUCUGUGAUACAGCUCAGCCUCUCGUCCGUCCUAUAAGGGCUGGGCCACUCGGGGCUAGAGGCGAGUCCGCAGCAGCUUCAAGCGGUGAUCUCACCUGCCCUCUGCCACAGAGGCACUAAACACUGCUACCUGCUUUAUUGACUGCAUCACUACGAACCAUUGUUACUUAGUCUAUAAUUGAAACAAUAUGCAAUCUGUGAAAAUAAGUAUAAUUCUAGGUGGAUAUUGUAGAAAAUUAUUCUAUUAAGGGUAUUUAUGAUAAUUGUCUGAUGUCUAAUGUUUCUGUAAUAUUAUGUGUUCCACAUCUAAUUAAGGAUAAUUGUUACUCCAAUAUUUAUACUGUUACCGAACCAAUGCAAUGUAAAAUCUCCACCUCAAUGCUGGUGGCGAACACAAAUAAAUUUGGUGCUUUGAAGCGAGUCGAAGAGAAGAAUGAGAGUCAGCGAGUUAGUGUAAAAAUGGUAGAUAAUAAUAUUUAUAAUGUAGAGUUUGUUGAUAGUAUCCAACAAAACCAAAUGAUUGGCGAUACGCCUAACUACUGCAUUCCUUUAACGAUUAACGCCAUAACAGUCCAGGGUAUCUCAUACAGUGACCCGUAUUUCAGUAGCUUUAACUUAAAAUAUAAGAUGGCGUUUGGAGCGCCCAAGUAUAUGAACAAGUCUGAUUACGCUUUUAAAUCUUCAGUUUGUAUUAUACGAGAUGAGCCUUGCAUGGAUAACACGCGACUACUAAAUGAAAAGUCUGCUCAUAUGAUAUGCAAAACGAAAACUCGAAUGAUAAAUAAUGACGAGAAGUCUAUAAGGAUAAACCAUGACAAUAAUGUUUCGGAGGUCGAUGUAACAUCAAACUCUCAGUCCGCCUUGAAGACUUUUGCUAACGGUGAUCUCACACUGGACGCGAUGUUGGAGUUGAUGAGGAACGAGGAUGUUACCAAAGCCAAGAUGGGCGAAACAAACAGUUGGGGCGUGCCACGGAGGAUGCGCCUCUGCGGCGGCGGAGAGAGCUCGCUUAACGCUGCCUCCGGCUGGGGCAGCCCGCCCGCUUCCAAUAAUAACGCAGGCAACUGGGGUGGCAACUCCAGCAGCAGCCAAGCCAACAACGCCACGAACAACCAGCAAUGGAACGCCGCGCAGCGCCCACCCACCUCUCAAGCUGACAUGAAUAGCAACAAGGGUAACGCCCAGAUGCCACCGACCAGCGCUGCCUCCCAGAGUUGGCAGAGCAGUCCCCCCAACAUGCCAAGUGCACAGCCAAACAAUAAUGGUGCGCCUCCAAGCAAUGGCACGAACCCCAACAACGGCAACAAUGGCGGCAACUCUCCUAACUCGGCCGCCCCCAACAUGCCGCCCGCCGCCAACGGUAACGGGACAUCGAAUACCACGUCUUCCGCUAAGAUAGAACAACUCAACUCCAUGAGGGAGGCGCUGUUCAGCCAGGACGGCUGGGGCGGUCAACACGUAAACCAAGAUACGAAUUGGGACGUGCCCGGAUCACCAGAGCCCGGCUCUAAGGUGGAACCCACCGCCGGCGGCCCGCCCGCUUGGAAACCGAACGUCAAUAAUGGUGCCUUCCUCGGCACAGACCUCUGGGAGGCCAACCUGAGGAACGGCGGCCAACCACCGCCACAGCCCGCCGCUAAGACUCCAUGGGGACACACUCCCACCACCAACAUCGGGGGCACCUGGGGCGAGGACGACGACGCCGCCGAGUCCGCCAACGUGUGGACCGGGCCGCCGCCGCCGCAGCAGUGGCCCGCUGGCCCGCCGCAGCACGCGCAGCAGUGGGCCGUGCCCAAGAAAGAUGACUGGAACGCGUGGGGCGAGCCCCACCGACCCGCCGACCCGCGCCUCGAACACCGCGCGCCCGACCCGCGCCAGCCGCCCGCCGACCCGCGCCAGCACGACCUGCGCGGCGGCAUCUCCGGCCGGCUCAACGGCGAGAUGUGGAGCCAGCACCACCAGCACGGGCCCUCCAACAAGGUCAUGCCCUCCGGCGUCAACCAGUGGGGCGCGCAGGGGCCCAAGGACUCGAUGAAGGGCACCGGCUGGGAGGAGCCGUCUCCCCCGGCCGCGCGCCGCGCGCCCACCGGCUUCGACGACGGCACGUCACUGUGGGCGCAGCGCGGCGGCAUGGGCAUGGCCGGCCGCGGCGCCCCCGCGGGCCCGCAGCCGCCGCAGCGCAUCCCGCCCACCCCCACCAAGCCCGACGGCGUGUGGGGCGCCCACGGUCAGCGCAACGGCAGCUGGGAGGACCCGCACACGCCCGCCUGGCCCGACCGCGACGUGCCCGCCUGGCCGGACGCGUCCAACCCGGGCCUGUGGCCCGUUCCGAAACCGAAGCCCAACCCGGGCGGCGGCUGGCCCGAGGACAUCGGCGAGUGGCCCGGCCCCAAGCCGCCGCAGGGCGGCGGGCCGCUCGGCAAGCAGAUCCCGAAGGAGAUGCUGUGGAACAGCAAGCAGUUCCGAUUCCUGGUCGAGAUGGGUUACAAGAAGGAGGACGCGGAGGCGGCGCUGCGCCGAAGCGACAUGAACGCCGAGGAAGCGUUGGAGAUGCUGGCGGCGCCGCGGGACGGCUGGCGCCGCGACGAGCACUUCGGCGGCCACCACGGCGGGCCCUUCCAGCCGCCGCCCGCCGUGCCGCCCGUCAGCGCGGCUGUCGUGCAGAAGCUGCUUAACCAGCCGCCGCCCCAGGCUCUGCAUCAUCAUCAGUCCUACAAUCCUAAUAGUGGAACUGGCAACAGUGGCCAACCGAGCACGGCGCAGCUGCGCAUGCUGGUGCAGCAGAUCCAGAUGGCGGUAUCGGCCGGCUACCUCAACCACCAGAUCCUCAACCAGCCGCUCGCGCCGCAGACCCUCGUGCUACUCAACCAGUUGCUGCAGCAGAUCAAAGUAUUGCAGCAAUUGGUGCAGCAGCACACGCUCGCCAUAUCGAAGGCUAACUCGUCUCUCGCACUGCAGUACUCGGUACAGAUCACUAAGGCUAAACAGCAGAUCACUGCUUUGCAAAAUCAGAUUGCGACGCAGCAGGCGUUGUACAUGAAGCAGCAGGCGGGCGGCGACCUGUUCAAGCAGGGCCCGGACCCCAUGUCGCAGCUGCAGAACAACUUCGGAAACAUGGACAUCGCCAAGGACUCGCAGGCCGCGUACGGCGCGGGUCAGCAGUCGCGCCUGAAUCAGUGGAAGCUGCCGUCGCUGGACAAGGACGGCGAGGGCACGGACUUCCCGCGCGCGCCCGGCGCCGCCAAGUCCACCACCAGCCCGCAGCUCAACCAGCUCGGCCUGCAGCCCGACCCCACAUGGACGGUGGGGCGCGGCGAGGGCUGGGGCGAGGCGGACGUGGCGGACGGCAAGGACGCGUGGCCGCAGCACCCGCAGCACCAGCCCGUGUUCGACAUGGUGCCCGAGUUCGAGCCCGGCAAGCCCUGGAAGGGCAACCAGAUGAAAAACGUAGAGGACGACCCGUCGAUGACGCCCGGGUCCGUGGUGCGGUCGCCGCUAUCGCUCACGGCCAUCAAGGACUCGGACAUGCUGGGGGGCAAGACGUCGCCACCGGGCGGAGGCGGGGGCGGCGGUGGUGGCGGGGGCGGGGGUGGCGGCGGCGAGCGCUCGCUGUCGUCGUCCACGUGGAGCUACGCGCCGCCCGCCGCCGGCAAGGACGCCUGGGCCAAGCCGCGCGCCGCGCCGCCGCCCGGCCUCAACAAGGCCUGGCCGCAGCACCACCUCCAGCCUCAGCAGCCGCCGCGCAACAACCUCCCCUCCUGGCAGGCCUCCACCUGGCUGCUGCUCAAGAAUCUUACCGCGCAGAUCGACGGAUCGACGCUGAAGACUCUGUGCGUGCAGCAUGGGCCGCUGCAGAACUUCCACCUGUACUUGAACCAGGGACUCGCGCUCGCCCGCUACUCUACUCGCGAAGAGGCAGCUAAAGCUCAGAUGGCGCUGAACAAUUGCGUGCUGAGCAACACGACGAUCUUUGCGGAGUCACCGGCCGAGUCGGAGGUGCAGAUGAUCCUGCAGCACCUGGGCUCCGGCGGCGGCGGCGCGUGGCGCGGUGGUGUCGGCGUCGGCGUCGGCGUCGGCGUCGGCGGUGGCGGCGGCGGCGGCGGCGGCGGCAAGGACUGGGCCGGCUUCCCCGGCCUGUGGCCCGACCAGCACGACCAGCGCGCCACGCCCUCCUCGCUCAACUCCUUCCUGCCGCCCGACCUGCUGGGCGGCGAGUCCAUCUAGACCCUCGUCUAGUUGUUGUAAUUACGCUUCUCGUCCCCUCCCCCGGGACGGACUAAUCGCCUAGUCACAUCGCGCGGGCCGCGUCGCGCCGCGGUCCACGUCGCGCCGCGACGCGCCCGCGGUAGCCAACUGUCCACAAUACUAUUAUCUACUGUGUUGUAAGUGUUCAUGUAGAUUAUUUAGUGUACAUAAGAAUUAUACAUAUACAACGGCAGACAUAUAAUGUAUCGACGGUUAUACCUGUAUGAAGUAUAUAUAGGAUAGGGUCGCGGGGGCUCGGUCCCCUUACCAAAUAGAGCUAGGCAUGGAGUAGAGUAGUUGCGUCGCGGGCUACCUCAGUCACUCGUCCCGUGGCCUUAUUUUAGUGUGUAUUUAUUUUGUUGCGCUCGAGGGCUGUUGCUGUUUCGCCCGUCGAGAUGUUUCGUUUCCGAGUUUUUUUCGUGUUUUUACUUCUCGUUUUACAUACUGAUCGUAUUUUAAUUAUUUAUUCGGUUUCGAAUUCUCACUCGCGAUGAGCCUUUGUUUUCCAUUAGUGAUAUUUUUAUUCAGCAAUAAAUGAGUAAGUGCAUUUCGCAGAUUAACAGACGUUUUAUAAUUAGUUCGUAAUUUUUAUAGAUAACAAAAUUUGAAAAUUAUGAGAUUCGAAGUGCAUUCUUGUAGUGGUAAAUUCCUUUUAAGCCGUAUAGUCUGAGACGGAAAUGAUAGACACGUACGCGAGAGCGAGCGACGCCGACGCCGACGCCGACGCCGACGCCGACGCCGACGCCGACGCUGGCCGCUGGCCGCCUGGCAGGCCCGGCCGGCUGGGCCCCGUACUUACCGUACUUACCGUGCUGACGGAUGACGGAUGUCGGACGACGGACGACGGAUCACGGCCGGGCGGCGCGCUCCUUGCAAUCCAGUAAUCCUGUGAUGUAAAGUAUCUUGCCUAAUGUAAGGAUAAUCUAUUUUGUUGGAGAGUAUCAGAGUAGAGCCGCCGGCGGCGGUCGGCCUCCGCCGAUGCUACUGUUUCCCCAAAUUUUUUCCAGUAUUUGUGAUUCAAGUGCCACUUUAUGUUUAAUAUAUGAAACGAUUAUCUAGAUUAUACGAUUAAUGUAAGGGUAACCUAAUAUAUUAAAUUGAAAAUUGUUUUAUCAUUUUAUAUUACAUACAUUUGUGAGAAGUGUUAUAAAGUACUAUAAUUGACACUAAUUUAAAAUAUUACACUUUUGUGUACCUAUAGGUAAGAAUAAAGUUCUAACUUAAAUUUAGCCAUAUCAAUAUCUAUUUAAUAAAAGAUUUGUGGUAUUUUCUAUAGGCUCAAUUUGAACGUUAUUCAAAGUGACAUAUGCUUUAGAUAUUCUGUUAAUAAUAUAUUGUAGCAGUAGGCGUCUCGGUAUUACAUCAUUGUAGGUAUAAGAUUACACUUAAGUCCUAUCGUAGGUUUCGGUAAGCAUACUAUUGAUAUUUUACGGCAACGAUCGCACGUGUAAAUGUUCGUUAUCAUAAAAUUUAUUUACAUUUUUAUUUACUUUUAAUUUAUUGAUGGUGUGCCACAGAGAUACUCUGCCAAAAUAUAUCAUUACCAAUACGUUACGGGACAGCCAAGUCGCGAGGCGGACCCACCACGCUUUACGAUCCCGACCUACGAUCACAAAAGCGAUUGACUAUAAUGUUAUAAAUAAUGUACAUUAUCUAUUCUAUUUCGAGCAUCUUCCAGUGAUCUUACGAUUAAACAUUAACGAUUGUAGUGCUAAGUUAGGUGUAAGUAAAGCUGUACCUUGUCGAGCCGCACGCUCGAGAACUCUUUCACAAAUUAAUGAAGUAAGUUAUAAGGCGCUUGGACCUGUAGUAGUUUAGUGUUAAAUGUGUUGAUGUGUGAUGUGUUCAUAUUGGAAACGAUCAGCAUUUCUCAUUAAAUAUACUACCUAUACUUACCCUACGCGGCGGAGGGCGAUAGCCCGCCGCGAGCUCGGUGUGACGCGGAGUUCUAUUUUUUACUGACAGUACAAGUAAAGUAACACCAAUAUAAUUUAACAUUUUUUUAAGUAUAGCUUUCGUUUUAAGCCCCUUCGGGCGACGAUCGCGAAAUUAUGAUUUUUUUGCUAUCGACCUACAAAUUUAAUGUCGGCUCGGAGGGGCCGAUACUAUGACAAUGUCAUGACGUUUAAUGUUAGGUGCCAAAGAGUGAGUAUCAAAGAUAAGUAAGAGGUGUCUGGGACGAUUGGUUUGCAUCUCUUCGUUUAGUGACAAUCUUCCAAAUCGUUUUGAAAUUAUUUUUGCGGUACGGGUAAUCGAUCUGAUGUUCCUAUCUCGGCGCGUCCGCGCAACCAACAGAUCAGCGUCAAUUCUAUUGUCGUAAAGCUCAAUUUAAGUGAUCAACGUGUUCUUUUUAACAGUUUAUUGAAGUAUUAACUAAAUUUAAAUAAUUAUUUUUUAACAGAAAUUGUUCUGUCCACGUCUACACCAAUUCGAAAUGCCUCAAUCGCAAUAGUUUUCUGGUGCAAAUGUGAAUUUUUAUAAUACAGCAAUAAAUGUCAUACAUAAUUAUAAUUUUUAUAAAGCGUUUUCCAUUUUAAAGUUAGAUAAAGCCAAUAACGGAAAGUAUAACGUUCCAGUGCCCUGUAGAAUACGUUGUCCAUAGACUUAGACGAAAGAAGUCAUGCCUUGAAAAUGUUUAGUCAGUUAAAAAGUUAUCAGUACUUAAUAAUGGGUAUAAUAUUGUAAUAAAACAUUGUAAGUGUAGGGGCGUCGUUAUAGUGGUGUUAGGUGUGGGUUAUAGGCCGUGAGCACGGCAUGCCGGGCGGCUCGGCCGCCGAGGCAGCCUCGCCCGGCCGCACGCGGCACUCGCCCUACUGUCACUGAGAAACUCCAAUACACAUGAGUGGCGGGGGCGGGACGCAUAACAUGCACUAUGUUAGCCAGUCGUUGUCGCCAGACUCGCAAUUCUCGCAAACCGGCUGCGCCAACAUGGCGCCCCCGCUUGUGUUUUGUACACAUCCUUCCCGCUUUACGUAGACGCCAGAAGCGUCGCGUCAGCGCGGUUUGCCUAUGGUGUGCCAGUGGCAGCAGGGUCGCGAGUGGCCCCCUGAGUGGAGUGCCGGCGGCAGCUAGGUUGUGAGACGCGGCCCGCGGCGCGCCGCGUCACUUGAAUCUCCUCUCGGUUCAAUGACUGCAUCAUUAUUUCCUGCACACGAUUGCGUCACGUGCAAUUUUAGUAUAUGUUAUUAUUAUGUUGUUGUAUAUUUAUACUUAAACCUAUACUGUAAUAUGUGUAUAUUGUGAAAUUAUAUUCUUAAAAGAUUUAAUACGCUUCACGCUUUCACUUUAAAAAACAUUUUUCGUGACUCGUUUCUGUUAUUUAGAAUAAAUUUACGUACCUAAAAGUAAUUAUAAUAAUUAUCAUAGGUAGGAGAUGUAAGAAAAAAAAAACAAAAAAAAAAAAACAAAAAAAAACUAUAAAAAAAGAAGCAAUUAAAAGAAACCAAUGAUUGUGCCUCAAUGAACUGUGGUACGUUACCGUAACCGAUGGCAGGUGUAAACGUUUCCUUGGAGAGAAAUAUAAUGAAUUGUGCGAAAUCGGCGCGGGAGCCGGGCGGCGGGUCAGCCCCGGCUCGGCCCGUCUCGGUCCGGCCCGUUUGGCCCGGUUCGGCCCGGUUCGGCCCGGUCCGGCACGGCUCGGCUCGGCCGCGCUGCAGUCUAUACUCGGCCACGGCCGCGGGGCCCGUGCCCUCGCCUUGUGUAAUCAUUAAUGAGCUUAGCUAUGUUUUACUUUUAUCGUAAGUGUUAUGUCAUCAAUCAACAUCUAAUAGUUAUAUAUAUUUUAUAUAAAACCUAUGUGUAAAUAUUUUUAUCUGUUUAUUUAUUUGUUUUUCAUGAAGUUUACCCGAAUUAAUAAGUAAUUUAAAUUUUUUCGAAUCUGUUUCUUUUUAAUUUUAGUCUAGCGUCUGUCUCUCGUGUGGAAUGUCAAUCCAAAAUUUGCGUCUAUUCCAUAACACUAUGCCAAAGUCUAUGUGUAAUUGCCAUUUGAAACAUAACGACCACUGACUUUCUUAGAUAGUCCCACGUAGAUCUCUAUCAUCACAAUAUACUGUAUGAUCGUACAAAACGGAGCCCGCCGGAGGGCGUCUCCAAGCUGCUCUGGUAUUAUUUUAGCUCAAGUAUUCAAUAGUAGUUUGCUCAUAAUAUUGUUGUUAAUUUUUAUGUUUAUCUCUUAUUUAGUGCUUUUAAAAUUCUUGUAAUAAGGAACCGUUAUCGAGAGUUGUGUGUUGUGUGGCAAAUCACACAUGCCGCCUGAUUGCGUGUCAGACCGCUGUCACCUGUUGAACGAUGCCGAGCGCCGCGCUGCUUGCUAGAUGCACAAGUUUACCAUUUAUUAUGGUUUCCACGUAGACAAUCCUUUGUCUCUAGAUAAUAUAUAUUUACAUUUUGCUAAGUCAACGUUGCCUUAAUUAUUCGGCCAAUCCUCAUGAAUUUACAAUCUCAUUUUUACACUUACCUGUAGAUUAAAUAAUUGUAUUAUGGUGCGGCAAGCGGCAGAGCGUGAAAUCGGUGUUUUGGCGAAUUUUUAACUGUAACUCAGCAAAUAUGUGUAACACGCAUCUCGAAGGGACCAAAUAUGUGUGCGGUCGCUCAUUCUACAAAAAAUCCUGCCUGAGCAUUAAUUUGGUGACCUCUAAAAGACAAAACCAUUUUUUCCAUAAUAUUAAAUACGUUUUUCCAAGCGCAUAAAAUCUCUUGUUAAUGAAUACUUACUGUAACGUAACUUUAUUAUAGUGAUAGUGUACAAUAUUCAGAAGGGCCUUUUUAAUUUGAUAAGGUUAAAGUUUUGCUUGUUGUCUUUAUUUAUUUAUAUAUAAAUAUUUUUGUACGUUAGGGAGUUCGUCGUCGGGUCGUCCCGAUCCCGAUCCCGAUCCCGAUCAAUAGAAGCACAUUAGUGAUAUUUACUUGUAAAACUAGUCUUCCUUGUUUGACGUUACGGCACGUGGAGGCGGGGCGGGGCGCGAGAGAGGCAAUCAUUCCUCUAGUCUUGUUAUGUGGUGCACAUAAGAGAUAGAUACCAAAUAUAAAAUAACGAAGGCUUUGACGUACGUAGUGUUAGCGCUAAUGUUAGAGGCCCGAGCAGCUUGGAAAGGAACACGUUACAAGGGAAUGGUUGGCUAGUAUUAUUAUAUGCAUUUAUUUCUCUUUUGUCAUAGUCACUCAAGCAUAUAUUUAAUUAUUGAUUGAGCUAACGCCUAAAUUUGGAAUAUCAAGAGUUUAUUUAGGAUGUUUAAUAUUUUACAUUUUAGUGUUUAAAUAUCUAAAAUUUACCUUAAUUAUAGUGAAUGGAUUUUUGUAUUAUUGGUAUAUAGCUGUAAGAAAAAGGGUGUUCUUGAUAAACACUAACAACUGAUUAAUACAAAAUAAAAAAAAUGUACUGAGUGACUUUACGUGUAAACAGAGGGCCAUUGAUAAAAAAAUGUUGACUAAGCUAAAUUCUCUUUAAUGUGGUAAUUUAACUUGAAUGUGAUUGCUGAGAAUAUUUUUAACUGCUAUAUGUAUAGUUGUAGAUCGGUAAGUCGCCAUUAUCUGUUAGGUCUCUCGCGGUCCUUGCAUUAUAUUUGUGUAGCGUUGUAUGUCCCACGAGCGGAUCGUUGUAUAAUAAUAUAUGUUAUGUACCGCGUACGGCCAACCCCCCACCACCAGUUAAUUGAUGCAGUAGACUCCAGUUGCUGCUCGCUAACUACACAACACUGCUUCUCUAGUCUCUCGCAUUCAAACAUCGCUUUAAAUAAGCUUUUGUUAUCGAGCAUAAUUAUCAAUCAUAUCCUAUAUGAAACUAGUUUAUAUUCGUAUUAUUCUUUCAUUAGAUCUCUGUUGUACCUGUGUGAAAUUGUUUAUAUUCAAUCAUUUGUACUCUAAAGAACUGUGCUGGUCUCGACUUGACGUCGUAUUAGAAUACGUACGUGCUUACAGUUCAUACCGUGCAAGUUCUACUGCUGCACCCCGACUCGUACUUGUAUCGGCGUCGACAAUACUCUGCGCUCGUUAUUUAGUCACUUUUGUACCUUCAUUGUACUUGAAUAAUAAACCUAUGUAAGUGAGGAACGACUAAUCCAAUUCUGAAAAUAUACUUAAUUUAAAUUUUGACAGACUGAUAGCUGUGAUUAAGAAAAUAUUUUUAAUAUUAUCCAGUGAGUCGGAUGAAAUAUUUAUUUUAUUAGAGGUUUCCUACUGCCAGCGACACGUAUGUAGGUAACAAGACAACCGCUUCGCAUGUUUUUUACUUAAUAAUGUAUCAAGUAUACAUUUGGAAGUGCAUUAUACGAGUGGAUGACUUCCGUUACUGGAUUACGUCGUACAAAGACGAACAAGCUAACCUAGCAAUGACCCCACCACGUCUAAAGUAGCUAUCCCAAUGUGUGUAUCAAAGAUAAUUACUAGUAAGUGAAUGUUCAUGACAUCCACCGGCCGCGCCGGCCGUGAGCACACGCGGCGCGCCGGAGACUGAUAUUCCUAGUGUCAAUACCACCGAUGUCAACUGAAAUUUAUUUAUCCUAAAUAUUUGAUCUUUGAACGUUGCAUAUCUACUACAUUUCUAAUUAUUAAUUUUGUUCUAUUCAUAUCCGUAAUUCCCAUGAUGGUAUGCGUUAAGUUUGAUAUUGAAAUCCUUGUGUUAUAAUAAUGAGUACUAAAUCAAAUGCCUUGUAGUGAGUGACACUCUAGUAAUGAUUGGCGUUGUUUUUAUAAUAAAAGUAUAUAUUUUUCGGUACCACCUUUGAGUUAAAGUACAAUGUAGUUGUAAACUCGUCUCAGUGACGUAUUCAUCGUAACGAUAUCAGCUGUAACUAAGGAUAAGUUAGAGUAUAUCUAGCUCAGUCUCCUCUCGCGUGCAUCUACCAAACAUUGAUCCUCGUUAUAUAUUGUACCCUAUGUACUGGAACACUUACUAUAUUAGACAGAUUUACGUCAUAAUUAUAAUAUCAAUAGGCUUACAAUAAGAGAUUUUUCUGUGCAAAUCUCUGUGAUGGGAAAAUUUAUUCUAAAGAUCUAGUAUUAGCCGAAAGUGAAACAGUUUCAUGGUAACUUUUAAAGUUAAACUUAUCAGUCUUUUCGCGCAAAAGGUUGUGUAUUAUUUUUAUGUAGUACAAAUGUGUUCGCAAUUUGAUUGCUGCUCUAGUGUUCCUUAUGUUCUUAUUCGAAUUAACUAUUUUGGGUAUUUAUUUGAACCUUGUAUUCUCGUGUCUAAAAUUGAUUGAUCUAACUCAAUUAAUAUCGUAAUAUAUUGAGGCAUGCGUAAGGAUGUUCGAAUAGUAAGUUUUAGGAAUGGCUGCCUUAUUUAGUAAUACUUGUAAUCUAUACUGUACACCAUCCAUCCUGUAUGUUCCGCAGAGAACAGCCGUACCAAAUAAUAGAGUAGCGGCGUCGUCGCGGCAGCGGCCAGCCACGUUCCGUCUUUACCUCAUGCAUAACCUCACCUAGUGUCCUAUAUCAGACUUAUUUAUCGACUCUCCGUACUUAUCACGAGCACUGCACUGU